AUCACCAUAUUUCUGUUUUGGUUAAAAAUCAUUGCACAAAGUGGGAAUUUUUUAUACAUUUUUCCUUAUAUUUGUGAUAAAGAUUGAGGUGUUAAGAGCGAAUUAGAAUCGUUUACUUCUCCUGUCGUGGUUUCCGCUGGCAAAGUAAGCCGGGAAAGUGUAAAACACUUGGAAAACCGCAGCGCGAAACAUCCCCAAAAAGACCAGGCUAAAACCACGAAAACGGAUUCUAAAUCUAAUUACAACCGGAACACCUUUAUCAUACUUAUAAAUUCUCAUACAAAACUAUACAAAAAUCAGAAAAAUGUGGUAUUAGAAGCCGGUUCUCUAGUUAGCUGAGGGCUAUAUCCUAAUUGCAAAGACCCAGGAAGCUGAAUUUAAGCGCCGUACCGGGGUAAAUUCUCUGGACUAAAAGGACGAAGAAAAGAAGUGAAGCAGCGUGUUCAACCUCAACCUCAAUCACCUCUACCUCAAAAUCAUCUUUAAAAUACACUGGAAAAUGGAGCUGAACGUAGAAACUGAAACCGAUUACUACAAAAAUGCCAAAAAGUAUUGGUCCACCAUAUCGCCGACCGUGGACGGGAUGCUCGGUGGAUUCGGCAGCAUCUCUUUCAUCGACAUCCGCGGAUCAGAACAGUUCCUGAGGCAUCUGUACCGGCUAAAGCCGGCACCUGGACACCAACGAGCACUAGAUUGUGGAGCAGGUAUCGGAAGGAUUACCCGAGGCUUACUCGUCCCCUUCUUCGAACAGGUGGAUCUCGUAGAGCAGGACGAACAAUUUUGCCAGACAGCCAGAACGUCCCUGAAAGAUUGUGGCCCCAAAAUCGGAACCGUAUACAACGAGGGACUGCAGAGCUUUGUGCCACAGGCCGGGCACUACGAUAUUAUCUGGGUUCAAUGGGUCCUUGGGCAUCUGACCGAUGAGGAUCUGGUGCAAUUUUUCUCUCGCUGUGCGAAUGGACUGGCACGGAGUGGCAUGAUGGUGAUGAAGGAGAACUUUACCUCAAACGACGAGGUCAUUGCCGACGAAACGGAUUCGUCCGUGACGAGACCGCUGGCUGCGAUGAAGGCGUUGCUGAAGAGAGGAAACCUGCGCGUUGUCAAGGAGCAACGACAAACAAGCUUCCCCAAGGAACUGUACCCAGUGUACAUGCUGGCCCUGAAGCCUUUAAUAAAAUCCUAGCAGGGUGCUGCACCUCGAAACAUUCAAACACUGCCGCAUUUUACUUUCAUCUAUGUAUUUAUACGGAAAUAUCCUAUCAUCGACGUUUCACUCAGCUACCGGUUCAGCCUCGAUUCACCAAAUCCUUCCCACAAUCUUGCAACGA